GCCAAGCGCAAGCGCAGUGCUUCUCCAUGUGGGCGCGGGCCGUCAUCCGGCCCAGCUGAGCAGUGGCACGUAAACCCCUAGGUUGCAAGACCCUCCUGCCCGCCUGCACCGUCUUGCUGUAGCCCUCCUCUCUCGGUCUUCCCACCCCCACACUCCACCACAGCGCACUUCGCAAUGGGCAAGAGCCGGACGAAGCGCUUCAAGCGACCUCAGUUCUCGCCUACGGGCGACUGUCAGGCCGAGGCGGCGGGGGCGAACGGGACGGAGCCAGAGGAGGACGACGGGCCAGCGGCGGAGCUGCUGGAAAAACUUCAGCACCCGAGCGCCGAAGUCCGCGAGUGCGCCUGCGCGGGGCUGGCCCGGCUGGUGCAGCAGCGGCCGGUGCUCCCGAGCCUGGCUCGCCGGGACGCCGUGCGCCGCCUCGGGCCGCUGCUGCUCGAUCCCAGUCUGGCGGUGAGGGAAACAGCUGCCGGCGCACUGAGAAAUCUCAGCGCUUGUGGCGGUUUCGAAGUCUGUGAUGACAUGGUGACCAAGGAUAUCAUGACCCCGCUGGUUGCACUGCUGAAAGAGUGUAGUACUGGACUGGAUUCAAAUGAGAUGUCUCCUCAGAAAAAAAAAGAUCAGAACAAAAAUUCUAUUGAAAACAUAGCCAACGAGGCCAUAAACGUGCUAUGGAAUAUAUGUGAAUGCAGUAGUAGAGCAGUAUCUAUAUUCAACAAAGAAGGGUGUUUGGAGAUUGUAUUAAAGUAUUUAAGUAGGUUUUCCACCAAUGUUGACCUGGCUAUUUCAGUAGCAUAUUGUUUGCAGACGGUGACCGAAGAUAACCCAGAGCUACUGAAAUCUUUCAGUACCCCAGCGUUGCACGUGCUGGAAUCAGCAAUGCUUUCUCCUGUCAGUUCCAUGGAGUAUCUUCUAUUGAAGACAUUGGUGGCAGGCACAGUUUGGAAUCUAAAGGACAUUAUUCCAUCCAAGAGUCAGGCAGAAAUCAUAAAUGCCAUACUAAAGAUCUUAUCUGAAGUUCUGGAAAUGGAUGCUGGCGAAACGGUUAUUCAAAUGAAGGAGGCUGAAACUCAAAGGAUAAAAACCGCUGUGGAGACUGAGGACACACUACAGAGUGUUAAUGGUGAUGACCUGAUGGAAGAUGAGGAAAUGGAAGAGAUUCCUCAUAGAAGGAAAGUCAGAAGGAAAACGUUCAUUUCAGAUUUACUUCCGCCCACCGACAAGGAGCUGAGAGAGACCAUAGCAUUGCUGACAGCUCAGCAGACGGCUCUGGAAAUCAUUGUGAACAUGUGCUGCAGUGAAGAUCCCACAGACGACGAAUGGGAAGAGCUGUCCAGCAGUGAUGAAAGUGACGCGUUUAUGGAGAACGCCCUCAGUGAGUGCGGUGGGCAGCUGCUGUCUCCCCUCUGCCUCUCCCAUGAGGUUCACACGGCUCUCACCCACCACCUCCUCCCAAAGAAGAUUUUUGACAAAACUGCCUUUCCAAACAGCGUUGCAGUUGACGUGUGCUCUAGGAGCCCCACUUGGAAACCUUUGAUUAGAAAAAUGAACACUAUACAGUGUAGAGCCCUCGUGUGUCUCCAGAGCCUCGUCUCCCUUCUGGAUGUGGACCAUCUGGGAGGACCUGCUGCCCUUCAGACGCUUGCACAGCACCUGUCACAACUGCUUUUCUCUCAGCCAGAUUUUGCUAAGCACGUUGACUUUUUAGAAGCCAUGAGUAGUGCCUUGAGGGCCCUUUUGCAAACAAUGGCCUCCAAGAACAUUCCUCAGUGCAUGACUCCCGACCAGCUGAUGACGCUGUGCACGGCAGGCGUCCGCAGUAGUAAUGUGGGGGUGAGAGUGAACGUGGUCAGUAUUUUAGGAAUCACAGGCAGCGUCCUAGCCAAAGAAGACGGCACGCUCGACACUCUCAAGACCAUCGGGUACUCUCUGCUUGAGGUUGCCACCAAAGACCCCUGCCUUGUGGUAGCAGGGGAGGCCUUGGAUGCCCUCUUUGAUGUUUUUGCAGACGGUAAAGAAGCUGAAAGGGCCUCAGUUCAAAUUAAAUUGUUAUCUACUCUGAAAGAAUUCCAGCCAGUCUUCAAAAUGAAGAUACGAAAAGAAGGGAGAACUAAAUACAGUCCAGAUCAGCUGUGUGUUCUUGACAACGUGAAGAUGAAUUUGAGAAGAUUUGUCGCUUAUCAAGAAACUGUUGAGAAAAGACUGACUACUUGAACCACUGAAAGAGACCAGUCCUCACCCCAAAGUUUUCAACACUGAAGAAUACUAGAGGGUUUCCUUUUAGGGUGUUUCUUCUGAAAGUCAUUUUUUUUUUUUUUAAUGACUUGGUGUUCUGUGUGUUAAUUUGAAGUUGAUGAAAACUCCAGGACAUAUCAGGAACUCUUUUUAAGCUCUGGGAUCUGUGUGGCAUUUCUAGUGCUCUCAGGUUUCCGGCAUGUUUUAAUCACUGGAAACCCAAAGGUUGGAAACACAAUGCAUCUCAGGUGCUUCUUCAUGAGCAGUGAGGACACUGCCAAUCAUGUUCUCUUGAAUUUUGCAAAAGAAAAUCCAGAGCAUAACUUGGAUCCUCUUUUAAGCCAGUAUCAUUUUAUAAUAACUAAAUAUUUAACUGAAAUGUGAAAACAUGCUUUAUAACUUUUUUUGGUAUGAGAUCUAUCAAUUAUGCCUGCCUUUCGUGACGAGGGGAAUAAGUUGGAUUCAUAUUCCACUAUUUAGUAGACUGUACUCCUCGAUAAUGAGGCCAUCAUCACUCUCUGUACGAAAGGAUCUGAUCCAUCGAUUUGUAACAUCACUCCUUAUUUAAUUUGAAAUGCAAUCAAAAUUGGGAGAAUAUGUUUUUUAAUAAAUAAUUUUAAAAUUGAAA